AUGGCUUCAUGCAAGAUGAGUGCGUCCGACUCGGAAGAAAAUAAGUGCGGAGAUAAAAAUAGUGAAUUAUUAAAUUUAAAACCCGAUCAUGAGCAGAGAAAUAUAUCAUUUCUCAAAAGUGUCGUUUUAACUCCAGUGGGGCAUUUGAAAAAGCGAACGGAGCAUUGCUUUCGAAAUUUACCUGGUUUGCCAGCGCCUGAAGAACUCCACGGCAAGGGUAACGUCAAUGCGUGUCGUAUAGUUCCACCUUCGCAUGAAAAAAAAACAAUCCCCAGCGAAAGGACUAAGCAAACAACAAUCUCACAUAAUGACAAAAAUGAGUGCAACAAUCGAUUUCUUAAUUGUCAACAUGAUUCUGUCACGUCUGAAAGUGUUUUAAAUGUUUUAAAAUCUGAACCUCAUCACACACCAUUAAUUGAAAAGACGAAGAAAAUUGUUGAUGAUAAACAGAAAAUUGACCAUGUGCAAGAAAAAGAUUCCAUCUCAGGUAAAUCCUCACCUUUAAAGACCAAAAAGCAUUCAGAUGAUAAGUAUCCCAAGAAAGUUGAAAGACUUAGAGAGAGCUUUCCCGUACAUCAUACAAAGAAAAAAAAACAUAAAGAGAAGGACAAGCAUGAUCAUCACUCAUCACACAAACAGAAACAUGAAUCAAAACAUCAUAAUCGUCCCAGAGAAGGGACCACCACCGAAAAUUUGACACGUAAACAUAAAGAAAAUAAUUCCUCAUCUAAAAACUUGCCUGCUGUUUCAUGUGAAAACAGUAAAAAAGGAACUAAAACAGACAUUAAAACUCUUAAAAAGAAACAGUUGCAAAGUACAAGUGCCUCAUUGAAAAAGGAAGGAACCACUGAUUUGCAUCAGGCUACAUCAGGACAGAAUGCUGUGAAUGAAGAUGGUAAAAUAGAUAAGUCUAUUGUUCAUAAUAAAGUUAACCUAACUGAUGAGGCUGCUUCGGAUAUUGCUUCUGAAUCUAUUCAUUCAACAAACAUGAUCCCUCAAAAUAUAAGUGAAAGUAAAGAUGAAAGAUUUACCAGUGUGGACUGUAAAUUGUCUUCUGUAAUGAUAGUUCAAACUGAAAAAGUCAGCCUUAAAAGAAAGCAACAAGAUAUAAUUGGUGAAGAAAGUAAUAUUAAUAAUGCUCUGUUGCAUGAAUGCAAAAGACUGAAAGUAAACCUAACCGAUGUUAUUUCCAAAGCUCAUAUCAAAAAUGAUGUGUCUGAACUUAGUGAAAUACGUGUUGGUUUGCAAUCUUUCUCAGGUGAAGUAUCCAGUACAACUGACACUGAUAUUGAAUCAAAUAAAAUGGAUUUAGAAAUCCCUUCUACUUGUGAGGUAUCUUCUCAAGAAAAUUGUGUCAAUGCUGAAGUAGACAGUAAUUCAUCUGAGUGUAAGAAAUCACUUAAGAUUUCAUGCACUGAUGAAAAGGAUGAUUCUAGUAUAUCAUUGUUGCCUGUGACCGUUACUGAUACUCCAAAUGUUGUAGAUUCUAAUUGUGAUAAUUCUGAAACUACUACUCUUAAAAUGGAAGUUAUAACUUCUAACUCGGAAGAUGCUAAAUUAGAUAGUGGCUUGAAAGAAAAUAGUUCUGUGGAUGUUGCUUCAGAAGUUCAGGUGGAUAACAACUGUUCUCUCCUUUCUGAAAAAGACAGUUCCAUUCUUUUGUCACUUCAAAAUGGUGAAAGUAUAAUUUGCAGUAUGGUAAAUACUUCGUCAUCCAAAGAACUACAGAGUGUAGUAAUGAAACCUAUUAUUUCCGUUGGAAAUCCAGUUAAUAAUAAUCUUCAGGACCUUGAAAAUCAUGAACAUGCCUUGGUGUCCCAAAGCUCUUCUGAGGUAAAAUCAAAAAAAUCAAGCAUAAAAAGUGCUAAAGUUGUUGAAAAUUUGAACAUUGUGAAAACUCAUGAACAUUCAAGGCAUGAUUCAAAACAUAAAAGUAAAAAUAAACUUAGCAAACCCAAUGCCCAAUUGGACUGUAGUUCAAAAGAUAAGAAAAAGAGCAGUAGCACUUCAGAGGCAAAAUCAAAGACCCCAAAAACUGAAAAAUCAUCAAAUAAAACUGUAGACUUAUUUGAUUCUAAGCGAUUCAAAGCUGGCUUAUUGAAUGCUAAACAUAUUGCUACUGAUAAAGGUCACAAUUCUUCUAAGAGUAAAAACAAAUCAAGCUCUGAUUUGAUAAACAAAACAGUUCUAUGCUUAAAAUGCAAACAAAAGUUGACUAGCCAUCGCAAUGUUAGUAUACAAUGUAAAAGGGACAGACAUGACAAAGUUCAAGAGAAAUUAGGUGUUUCGCAGCGAAUACCAAGACUCCCUCAAGGCUUUGAUAUGAAGCAUUUAAAAUAUGGAAAGUACAUUAGACUAGAGGUGUAUCCUAAUGGGGGUGCAGCUCUUCUUCAUUUAUACUGGGAUGAAAUAUCUCAUCUUCAUAGGAAAGAAUUAAAGGCUUUAGCAGAGGAGUUUCUUAUGGAGACUUUCCUUGAAGAACCUUAUGGUGUUGCUAGGUAUGUAAUGGGAAUAGUACACAAUGCUGCUGAGUAUUUGCCUGAUCUCUUGGAACAUUUUGCUGACAGGUAUCCAAAUUUAGUUGUGAAGACCGGAGGCUUGGGCAGACAGUCUGAUAUUGAAACGACAAGCAUGACAAAAUAUUGCGACCAGGUACGUGCACAUUACGGUCAGGGGACUUUCAGAACUGGCCCAUUACAUCAAAUCAGCUUGGUUGGAACUGUGCAUGAAGAGGUUGGAGGAUAUUUUCCUGAAUUUCUUCAAAUGCUUGAAGAAUGUCCCUUCUUACAUUUAACCAUGCCUUGGGGACCACUAUCUGUGGUUCACAUGAAUCCUCAAGAGAGUAAUGAUGGACCUAUUUUGUGGGUUAGACCUGGUGAACAACUGGUUCCUACGGCAGAUCUUUCUAAGUCACCCUGUAAAAGAAAAAGACGAGAACUCAGUGAAUUACGGAAACUUCAGUACCUCCCUCGUUCAACAGAACCUCGUGAGAUGAUGUUUGAAGAUAGAACCAAGUGUCACGCUGAUCAUGUGGGUCAAGGUUUCGAUAGACUCACCACAGCAGCUGUUGGGGUUCUUAAAGCUGUUCAUUGUGGAAAUGAGUACUCGUCUAACAGAAUAACGAAGGAUGUUAUUGCUUUUCAUGCUGGGGAUUUUAAUGAUUUAGUUGAGAAACUGCAACUAGAUUUACAUGAGCCACCUGUUUCGCAAUGUGUUCAGUGGGUAGAGGAUGCAAAAUUGAAUCAGCUUCAUCGAGAUGGAAUACGUUAUGCUCGCAUACAGCUUUGUGAUAAUGACAUUUAUUUUCUUCCGCGUAACAUCAUUCAUCAGUUUCGUACUGUUAGUGCAGUGACGAGUGUUGCAUGGCAUGUCCGUUUGGCGCAAUAUUACAUACCUCCUGGACAAACAAGCAGUGAGCAAGAAGACUCUAUGUACCCCAAAGAAAAGAAAGUAAAAUUAGAAUUACCUGACUCGAGUAUCAGCAAAAAAAGGAACAAUUCUGGAGCUUCUACUGAUUCAGUGAAAAUUCAUGUUAAGCAGGAAGGGAGUAAGAAAAAUGAUAAACUUCCUGAAUUAUGUAUGAAAAAUAUAAAAGAGGAAGAUGUAUGUGAUCGAAAAAAUUCAGGACACAGCAGUAAGGUUUCACAAAAAGUGGAUGCUUCUGAAAAAAGUACUGAUGUCAAAUUAGGUUCUAUUUGCAGGGAUGGCAUAGGGAGUGGUGUUCUUACUAAGAAAAAAUCAAACACAAGCAUUGUCAAUAAGAGUACAAAUAAUCUGUCCCAUAAAAUAAUGAAAGAAAUAGUUGUUAAAAAAGAAAUAAUAGAUAAAACUGAUGUAGCUGCAAAGUCACCUGUAAAACUGGACAGUACCAAAGAUUUGAAAACUAACAAAGUCAAAUUAGAAAAACCAUUGCCAGAUGAAAAAAAGAACGGUACAUUCGAUACUAAACAUUUAGCUAAAAGUCCUAUAAAGAAUGAUGAAAAAAUACAUUCAAAACAUAAUAAACAAAAGGAAAAAAGGAAGCUAGAUAAUGAACAUGAUAGUACAGUGAAAAAACAGGUUAAAUUAGUGUCCCAUUCGUGUGUCAAAGUGCCUUCCAGCAGUAGCACCCCAAGCUCCUCCUCCCCUGGCAAAAAUCACAUUCCAAAACGAAAGAGCUCGAAAAGCAGACAUCACUUUUCGCGAGAAGACCAACUAGACCUAGAAUCGGCAGUUGUAGAUUGUGUUGCUUGUCUUGUGAACACUGUUCGAGACCAAUUGGACUCUCUGUUUGCAAAGAUGGAUUCUGUGCGGGCAAACAGAAUUUCUGGGAAGCAUUUCUCCGAGAGGAAAGGUCAUCAAAGCUCCAACUCGUUAAAAGUCAUUCAUGAGACUUGA